AUGCCCAAAGCCAAGAAGGACGCCACGUACUCCUGGGUGGUCCAGGAGCCCAGCCUGGCACGGGAUGUGGUCCGCAGCACCGGGGGCUUCACCCUGGGCCUGACCCUGGCCACGAUCUAUGGGCUCCUGGAGCUUCUGGUGGAGGGGCUGAGCCCCUGGGGCUGCCUGGUGGGAACCCUCACCAUGGCUGCCUUCCUCAGCCUGGGCAUGGCUUUCUCCCGCCAGGUCCGAGCUACUGUCCUGCUCUUGCUGCCCCAGGCCUUCUCCAGGCAGGGCCGGAUGCUCCUGCUGGUGGCUGCCUUUGGACUGGUGCUCCAGGGGCCUUGUGCCAACACCCUGCACAACUUCAGCCAGGCCAGCGAGGCUGUGGCCUGCGGGGCAGAGCUGGCCUUGAACCAGACCGCCGAGAUGUUGCAGAGGGCCAAGCAGCCCCUUGUCAGUGCCCUGAAUAAGAUUAAAGCCAUUGCCCGGCGGGCCAAAGUGGUGGCUGACCGGGUGCGCAAGUUCUUCCGGUCGAUCAUGGAUGGUGUGAAGCACGUGGUCAGGGCUCUACGCAACGUAUGGUACUGGCUGUUGCACAUCGGUGAUGUGUGCAACUCGGAGCUGGGCAACCCGUACUCCAAAUGCGCACAGGUCUUCGACAACGCCAAGGACAAAUGCAUGACGAUCAUACCCCGUGCCUACCACCUGUGCUACGUGCUCAUGCCCUUUAAGCUGGUCCUCUGUGGACUUGCCAGCUUGGUGCAGGUGUUCUGCGUCAUCCCCAGUGCCAUCCAGACCUUCUUGCGCAAGACCAUCCGUACCCCUGUGAUGCAGCUCAUCAACCGGGUGCGGAAGGAAUUUGAAUUUAACAUGACAACCACCCACUACUUCUCCGUGGACCUCAAUGCCUCACGGAGCCUGUCGCAGGUGGCCCUGGACCUGCGUGAGGCCGUGAGCCUGAAGCUGUACAGUGUGCGGGAGGUGCUGUCGCUGAUGGGUUUCACCAUGCCCCUGCUGAUCACAUUCCUCUACCUGCAGGCCCUGUACUACCGCUACGGUUAUCUGAACUGGGAUGACUUUGACAAUGUCUACAUCACCAAGCGGUUCCUGCGUAUGGAGGCCAUGCAUUCCAUGGCAGGGCUGCCCACAGUGCUGCCGCUCACUGCUCAUGAGGCUGGACGCUACAUCCAACCGGGCUCCAUCAUCCUGACCCGCUGGGAGCAGGUGUUUUACAUCCUGGAGAUCUUCAACCUCAUGCGGCACCUCCUCCUGGUGAUGUUGCUUGUCUUCCUGGACUACGCUGUCUUUUGGGUGCUCGACCUGGCCCGGUACCAGCUUCAGGGAGAAAUCGUGGCCCGCAGCCCUGUGCUGCUGACCAUCAACGUGGAGGGAGCUGGUUAUACCAGCAGCAUAUUCCGUGACCUGGUGUCAGCCUUUGACGUCCUCCAACAAAGCAACGUUAGCAUCUUGUCCCGACGCUGCCUGCUGCAGCCCUCGGAACCGGACACCUCUGGUUACAUUGCCAUCGGCACCAUGUAUGGCCUGUGCUUCUUUGUCACUCUGUUUGGCCACUACGUCAGUCGGCUGCGGCGGGUCAUCUGUGCCUCCUAUUACCCCUCCCGGGAGCAGGAAAGGAUUGUCUAUCUCUACAACAUGCUUUUGAGCCGCCGGACCAACCUGCUGGAUGCCCUGCGUCGCACAGUCAGACGGCGUGCGGCUGACCAGGGCUAUGUCAGCACGCUGCAAGUGCUGGCCAACUGGUGCCCCUGCCUUAGUCCGAUUGCCAAUCACUACCGGCGGCAGCAGAUGCACUGUAUGGGCUGUGGGCAGCCCCAGGGUGAAGAGGACAUGGAAAACUUUAUUUCCUGCAGCACCCCGGGGUGCCGCGGCCUCUACUGCCACACCUGCUACCGCCUGCUGGACAACACCUGUUCUGUGUGCACAGCUCCCCUCUCCUACCAAGGGGACCUGGACCUGGAGCUGUGA